AUUGAUAGAUACUCUUUUAGAGUAUAAAUAACUCAUGCAACACUCAGUCUAGCUAAGAAUAUCAAUAUCAAUAAUAAUAAUAAUAAUAAUAUAAUGGAGACAAUUCCGCAAGAAGCUCCCAUCCAAAGCUGGGGUUGGAUGAUCGGUGAUGAGAGUGGAAUUGUUGAGCAAAUUGAAAUCACACAUUUUCCAGAUGGAAGAGAGAUCAAUGCCCACUCUAUUCUCUCUAUCAUUACCCACAUUUUAAAAGAUUGUGCCAUUGAUGAUCCUUCACCAGAAGAGGAUUCAAAAGAUGAAGCAGAAACUGUGGAUGAGGAGGUGCAACAUGAAAUACACAAACUUUCACCCAAGGUAGCAUACCUGAGUUCAGAAAUUGGGGAUGUGCAUGAAAAGACAGUGGAUGUGUUCAACAUGUUAUCAAACUACCAAUGGGAAGCAAAGUUGACACUGGCAUUGGCAGCCAUUGUUACAAACUAUGGGGAGUAUUGGGUCGUUGCUCAAUCAAAUAAUCCCCACAAAGAACUAACCAAGAUGAUGAAGUUUCUGAGGCAAAUGGGGGAGAAUCCUGCUGACCAGAAAUCACACUUUCAUGCACUCCAUGCUCUAUUCCAAUCCAUGUUGGAUAUCAUCAAAGCAAUCUUCAAGAUUAAGGACUUCAUGCUGCAAUCCUCUCAUUAUGAAACCACAAUUUCUUUAGCAACAACCAUUACUGUCAUUGCUAGCUACUGGACCGUCAGAUCUAUUCUUAUCUCUGCACCUUACAUCCAUUCCCUCUUCGCAAAGGAUUAUGAGCCAUCCGCAUCAGCUUCUAAGGAACGGGAACUGCGUAUCUUGACUAGGAAACUUGGAGCUCUACUCAUGUGUCUUCAAAAUCAUGAAGAGAAAAGCUUAGAGAAACAGCAAUGUAUUGCUGAGGAGAAACGGUACAGAGAAAUGAUGUGUGCUUUUGAGGAAGAUCAUGCUGACAAUAUGAGGAAUCUCAAAUUGUUGUUCAAGUCCAAAGGCAAUAACAAUAAUGAUGAUUUGGCACCAAUUGUUGAUUGUUCAAACAACCAAAGGGUUGAGUUAGAAAGUUUGAAGAACAAGAACGUAGUGCUGAUGCUAUCAUCAGGCAUAGACAUCUCGAAGAGAAUGCUUCAUAACCUUGCACAAAUCUGGAAUGAUAUCCUUGUUCAUAAUAGCAGCUGCGAAGGCCAUGGCGAUGAUGAAUGCAAACUGAUAUGGUUCCCCAUCUCUAACAACUGGGAUGAUCCCAUGCAGCACAAGUUUGAAGAAUUACGUUCCAAAAUGCCUUUCUAUUCAACAACUGAUCCCAGAUGCAUACACCCAACCACCAUUAAAUUUAUCAGACACAAGUUUGGUUUCAAAAGAGAGAGUAUCCUGGUUGUAAUGGAUGGCGUUGGCAAGAUUCUUUAUCAUAAUGCAUUUCAUGAGUUAUGGAUGUGGACAGCCAUGGCAAGAAGUUUCAUCACAGAGAACCCCAGUAGUAAACUUGCGCCCUUCCCUCUUUCAGUGGAACUACUGCAACAAUACUAUUGGAAAACCCAUCACUGGAGCCUCACAGAUCUGUUUUUGGGCAUUGAUGACAAGACAAUAGAAUUGAUUUCUAAAACAAAACAUGCGUGGAUAAUUGGAGGGGACAACAUGGAAUUGGUUAAAAGAUUGGAGACCAACAUCAAUGCUGUUGAUCAAACCUACGAAACCAUCUCUGGCAUUGUGUACAUGGGGAAAAGCAGCAGCUGCAGGGGAAAAGACAGAAAUAAUAAUGUUACCUGGGAGAUGAGUGGUAACAAGCAGGUGGAAUAUCGCCAUAGCUGGGAAGAUGAUGAGAAGAAAACAUGGUUGUUUUGGGCUCGAGUUGAGAGCAUGCUCCUGUCCAGGCUUCAUUUCUUGAGACGAUUAUCAUCAGGGCAUGAUGAUGAGAAUGAGGACGAAGCAGCAAAAACUCUCAAGAAGCUGCUGAGUUACAACAAUAAUCCUCAAACAUGGGCCAUAUUUUGUUGUGUGAAGAAGGACAACUCGGGGGAAUGGAAGAAUGAAUAUUAUUACGGAAUUGAGGAUGGAUUGAUAAUGUUGGAUGCAGUUUCAAAGUUCCAGGGGGAAUGGGAAGAAUGCUGCAAAUUUCUUCAAGCCAAUAGUAGUCAUGCCCUCGGACGUUCCCAGCGGGUGCAGUUCUACACUCAGACUCUGCAGGGAAGUAUCAUCAAGUGUCCAGACUGUUAUGCCGACAUGGAGAAGUACACUGUAUUGUCCUGCUGCCACCAUCUCUAACAACAUAUAUAGCCAUUAUUGUGCUUUAAUUUGCUUCUGCUCUCAUUUGUACGUUUCUUUUUUCAAACUUAAAAUACUGCCUACUAAAUCACUAAGCUAAAUUUGUGCAAACUCUUGAAAGUUA